GCAAGGACAUCGUGCUGUAGCUGCCUCUCGCUCACUACAACAACAAACAUCAUGUCGAAUCAGCUGGUAUAAUGGCCAUCCAUUACUCGUCUCUGUCGCCCCCCAACCAAUAACAACUCGUCUCCGGAUUGGCAUUCCUGCCUGCCUGCUCAUCUCCAUCAUCUGCGGUUAAUAUAUGCAAAUGGAACGUCCACGACGAAAUACUCGCCUACCUGGUGCUCUGAGUGAUUAUUUAACUACAAGUGAAGCAGAGAAAAAAACUCUGACUGUAAAUGAAAAAGAUGUUUGUGAAGAUCACAAAAAACAAGCUGUGAAGGAUGAUGUAAUUCAGACAGACUUGGAAAAAAAACUUCUGUCACAACCAUACAAGUGUGGAAAAUGUAAAGCCUGUUAUAGAAGUAAAGUGGCACUUCUUCGUCAUGCAGUUAAACACAGUGGUGACAAGCCCUUUGUCUGCUGUGAGUGUGGGAAGGGACUCUCAAGUCAGUGCUCCCUCUCAGAGCAUAUGAAUAUUCACACAAACAAUAGACCUCACAGAUGUGAUGAAUGUGGCUUAGAGAGUCGUCAGCUGAGUGUUCACUUGAGACAUCUCCUGACUCACCAGUCCCAUCCAGAACAUUUGUACAGUUGCUCACUUUGUGCAAAGACUUUCAAGCAAAAUGAGUAUCUACGAAAACAUAUGCGCAAGCACACAGGAGAAAAACCAUUUGUCUGUGGAGAAUGUGGAAAAUCAUUUACAUGCAAGAGUGAAUUGAACCGCCAUAACAAACGACAUUCUUCUGAAAGGCCGCACAAGUGUUCAGAUUGUGGCCAAAGUUUUAAAAUGAGGCAUAAUCUUCGCAAACAUCUCAAAGCUCAUUCGGGUACACAGCAGUGGAGAUGCCUACUAUGCUCAUCAGUUUUCUCCAAGUCAAAAUUACUGGAGGCACAUAGAAAAACACACCUAGAAACAGUUCAGCACCUUCAAGUCAAUAGACCUGACGAUAACAUACUUAUUGUCUCAGCUGAAGGGGACGAUCGAAGAAAGCUACCGACUGUUCAUAAUGUUCUACUUCCCAAGGAUAAUGUGGACAUCAGCAAAUCUGAUAUAAAUGUUCAGAAAAAACUUUUAAGAAUAAAUGACACAACUCUGCCACUUGAACUUAUCCUGAAGUCUGUAGGAAGAGGCAGUGCUAUUAAAAUAAAAAUUAUUGAUAAACCUGCACAUCCCAGAGCAGAAAUAUUGUCUCCAGGUAAAAAUAUUGUUGAAUUAGUUGAUGAUGGCUCGUCUAAACAAGAAUUACAGUUACCAAAAUGCAGCAGUAAUGACGUGGACAGCCUGAUACCAAGAUCUGUUGAAGGAAGUUGUAUUGAGAGUGUGAAUGAAGAAGCAGUGCAGGUGGCAAGUGUAUUAAGUGUUCCGGCCAGUAUUAUAAGCCAUUGCCUCUCCAAGCAUUAUGUCCGCAUUAAUCCGGCCUCCUUAGAUUUUCAGUGCUGGCUUGCAACGUUAGCCUCGCUCUCUCAUCAACUUGCUGCACCAUUUGACCUGGAAGUAUGCCGACACCUUACAUAUAUGAGCUCAGCCCUUCAGUUUUGUCUAGCACAAGAUCCAAACUCUGACUUUGAACCAAAAUCAAUUGAGUUUACAGCUUGUGAUUCAGAGACAAUAUCAAGUGUGUGGCCUUGUCAGGAUUCCUCUCAGUACCAGUUUAUAUAUAAACAAUAUAUGAUUCUAAUGGAAAUAUUUCAGAGUCAUUUUAAUUACCAUAUCGGUAAUAAUUAGUAUAUUUUUAUAAUGUACACCUGAUUUUUAUGAUUUAAUGUUGGUUCUGAUACACUGUGGAGUGUAUCAUAAGUGCUUGGGGUUAUGGAAUUAAUUGCACAUGUUAAUAUUUUAAUGAACUAAGAUGUUGAUGUAAAAAGCAACCCACUCUCCUGUUACUGUAAUACAUACAAACAAAAUAGGGUAUAAUAAACUUUUGCACAUUAAAUAGUCCUAAAUUUGUCCAAAUGGCAAAACUUAAAUUUAUAUUAAAACAUAAAGCCUAAUGUAACCUAGGUCUAGCCAAGCAAAAUAUAGGCUUAAUUUACUAUAUAUAUAAUUCACGGGGCAAUAAUAUGAUGUUCUACAUUAGGCUUGUAUGUUUGUUAUGUUUACAUAUGUUUGUUAGAUAGGACCUAAGUUACAUUAGAUUAAUUUUGUGAUGACUUCCCUGAGUGGCUGCUUAACACUUUCACGCAUCCGAGCAGACCAUCGUUGUCACCAAUAUUAUUAAUCACACUGCACGCGUGCCGCUCUCGGGAGUCACGAGAAAAAAUAUUUGUAUAAAAUCCAUUUAUUAUCCGAUCAACUUGGGAAUAGUUUACAAAU